AUGGGAAUCAAGGGCUACCAGCCCAUCGCGAAUCUCCCCGGCACGGCGACAUCAUUGGACGAAGAGUCGCUCGCUGCAGCGGUGGAAGCGGCGGCCAAUGAGAAGAAGCCACGUCAUAUCAGGCAGCUGGAACAAGAACGGCUGAGCGUGGAGGAACUGAGCGAGCUGGAGAGAAUGCGGGCCAAUGGGAGCCUGCCGUGGACUGAUGAGGUGGUGGCGGCGCUUGACAGGGAGACGGGUCGUCGCAGCGGCGAAGAUGGCGCCAGGGGUGGAGGGGAAGAGAAGGAGCAAUAUUCGAUUCAGUAUGCGAAGCAUGAGCUGAAGGCGAGGCUUCUGAAAGAAAAGCCGAUUCGCAGCUGGAUCAGGGAGCUUCAAGUGAUGUGGCGCGAUGAUACUGGCGCGCAUCACUCAGCGUUCAUUAAGGCGCGCGACGGCAAGGAGCAAGGGAGGGGCAGCAGCGGGUUCAUCGACCGACUGGAGCUCGACGGCUCGCCGGUGGCCCCGCCUCUGUCCGAAGGAUCUUUCGUUGCUGGCAGCGGCGGGUUCAAGCUGCUUCUGGCGGAGACGCGGAGCUGCAAGGGGAAGGACGAGGAUGAGUUUCAUCUCACGAUCGACGGCCUGGUGGACAUGGGCAUCUUAGCGCGUUUGGCGCAUCCACUCAUGCAGACGGCUACGGAGGCCCAGGCGCAUUUCAAUGUGCACAUCGCCCGACUCAAUCACACAAGCGGCAUUCACGGCGUGCUGGGUCAGACCUUCACCCAUCUCCCCCCUUCCUGUCGUUCCCUCCUUCCCUCUUCAUUUCUACAGCACACGAGCGGCAUUCACGGCGUGCUGGGUCAGACCUUCCGAGCCGAGGAAUCCCGCAAGGUGCGCUCGCUGCGGUACCGCCUGCUGACCCGCCUGCUGCGCGAGCCGGUGGAGGUGGAGAGUGAGAGUGGCAGGGGAUUCCUGGAUGGGCGCACGGAGGACUACAUCACCUCGGAUAUUCACUCCGCGGAUUGCAUGUAUGCCGCUGCGUGGCUUUUACCGUGCAGCUACAUCCCUUUCGGCUUCACCGCUGAUAACUCCUAUCCUAUAGGACCCAUUCAUGGUGCUGAUCUCCACUGGAGGGGACCAGGAGGAGUGGAUCUGCACGCUAGUGGGUUGUGA